AUGCUUGCUUUUUCUAAUAAUAUUACUAAUAAUAGAGAUCAAAGACCUGAAGACAAUAUAUUAAACUUUGAGAAUAAAAAUAAAAAAAAUUUUAUUUCUGAAACUAGUAAAAACAAUGAAAUUUCUAAUUCUAAAGGUAAUAAGAAUGAUAAUUCUAUGCUCAACCUUGUGAAAGAGCUUAUAGAAGAACUCACUAAAGAACUCACAAAAGUACUCAUCAAAGUUGCAGAAAUUAUUAUAGAUUUGUCAUCAAAAAUGCUCAAUGAUAAAGAAAUAAUUACUAUGGUUCAAGCUGAAGAAAACAAACAAGAACAAGAAAGUAAUAAUAAUAAUAAAGAGCCUUCUCCUCUUUCUGUUAUAGCCAAAGAGAUGUAUAAUAUAAUACAAACUGUUUUACAAUAUAAAGAGCAGACUAAUUCAGAAUCUAACCUUAAGCUUGCUAAACUAAAAUUUUUGUAUAAAUUAAUAACAACUACAGGCAUAUAUAUGGAAAGUCCAAAAACAAAUACCAAUUACAACUUUUUUUACUUCUAA